GAGGAUGCUGAGGAGAGUGUAACGUGCGCGAGGGGGUGAUCUCCUCCCCUGCCGAGGUGGAGGGCAUGGGGAGAGAUGUACCCGGCGGCUGCAAGGGGCAGACCGCAGGGCGUCCAUUCGUACUUGCGUUAGGGGAAAGGAGCCGACAGGGAAGUGUUGGUGCUCACCUGGCCGAUUCACUUAAUGAAUGAACAGAUUUUUUUUUUUUUUUUUUUUUUAAAUUUCUCAACCGCAGAAAGUCGGGGAGCCUUUCUCAGCCUGCAACAACUGAGAUGCUGUGUUGAAAUAUACAGUGUCUUGAUGGCAUGCCUCAGGUUUGCAGGAGCAUUUUGUAAUCUUCCUGGUGUCAUUUCUCUCUAGGGUAUUCUACAACUGGAGAGUGCAAGUUCCUGUGGUGUUGUAACUUUGUGGCACUGUGUACACACGACAAUACAAUGCUGACUUAACAGUGAUGUAUUUAUUAAUAUCAGUGAUGUACUUCAUACCAAAUAUUCUUUGUGUGUCAGUUAACUUUUUGUGAACUAACAAAAGAAAAAGUUAGAAAUAAUCCAAUGCAAGAGAACGUUGUUAUACUCAAGUCCUACAUACCCAUGCCACAAACAGAAGUUGAGGUUUCCCAUUAACAGGGAUUACAAUGGUUGACACAGAAAUGCCGUUUUGGCCCAUUAAUUUUGGAAUUAGUCCAGUGGAUCUGUCUGCAAUGGAUGAUCAUACACAUUCCUUUGACAUAAAGCCGUUUACCACCGUUGAUUUUUCAAGCAUUUCUUCACCACACUAUGAAGAUAUUCCUCUUGCAAGAACUGAUCAGACAAGCAUUGAUUAUAAAUAUGAUAUCAAGCUCCAGGACUGCCAAAGUGCAAUCAAAAUGGAGCCUCCUUCCCCACCCUAUUUUUCAGAAAAAGUUCAGUUGUACAAUAAACCUCAUGAGGAGUCUUCCAACUCCCUUAUGGCUAUUGAAUGCCGUGUGUGUGGGGACAAGGCCUCUGGAUUUCAUUAUGGUGUGCAUGCAUGUGAGGGUUGUAAGGGCUUUUUUCGAAGAACAAUCAGAUUAAAGCUAAUAUAUGACAGGUGUGAUCUUAAUUGCCGCAUCCAUAAGAAAAGCAGAAAUAAAUGCCAAUACUGCAGAUUUCAGAAAUGCCUUGCCGUUGGAAUGUCACACAAUGCCAUCAGGUUUGGGCGAAUGCCACAAGCGGAGAAGGAGAAGCUCUUGGCAGAGAUUUCCAGCGACAUCGACCAGUUAAACCCUGAAUCUGCUGAUCUACGAGCACUUGCCAAGCAUUUGUAUGACUCAUACAUAAAGUCCUUCCCACUGACCAAAGCCAAGGCGAGGGCGAUCUUGACAGGAAAGACGACAGACAAAUCACCAUUUGUUAUUUAUGACAUGAACUCUUUGAUGAUGGGAGAAGAUCAGAUCAAGUGCAAGCAUGUGUCACCACUGCAGGAGGAGAACAAAGAGGUAGCAAUUCGCAUUUUCCAGCGAUGUCAGUUUCGCUCAGUGGAGGCAGUGCAGGAGAUUACAGAAUUUGCCAAGAACAUUCCAGGUUUUGUGAAUCUUGACCUGAAUGAUCAAGUAACUCUCCUGAAAUAUGGGGUCCAUGAGAUCAUAUAUACUCUCCUGGCUUCUCUGAUGAAUAAAGAUGGAGUUCUUAUAUCAGAUGGACAAGGAUUCAUGACACGAGAGUUUCUGAAGAGCCUGAGAAAACCUUUUUGUGACUUUAUGGAACCCAAGUUUGAGUUUGCUGUGAAGUUCAAUGCACUGGAAUUAGACGACAGUGACCUGGCAAUAUUUAUAGCUGUCAUUAUACUAAGUGGAGAUCGCCCAGGUUUGUUAAAUGUGAAGCCCAUUGAAGAUAUACAAGACAAUCUGUUGCAAGCUUUGGAGCUCCAGCUGAAGCUGAAUCAUCCAGAAUCAUCACAGCUGUUUGCAAAGUUGCUUCAGAAAAUGACGGACCUCAGACAGAUUGUAACGGAACAUGUGCAGCUGUUGCAAAUAAUAAAGAAAACGGAGACAGAUAUGAGUCUUCAUCCACUCCUACAAGAAAUCUAUAAAGACUUAUAUUAAUGACCAUAGUAGUUCUAAUUCGCUGACAUAAUGUAUGUUUUUCAGAUUGCACUAUUUCUUUGAGGGAAAACUUUGCAUACCUAAGAAAUUACUGUGAAACAGCAUUUAAAGAGAGAGAGCUUAGUAUAGUAGAUCUAUUUUAUGCAUAUUGUUUAUAAAGACACAUUUACAAUUUACUUUUAAUAUUAAAAAUAUCUAUAUCAUGAAAUUGUUGGCAGUAUUUUCAGAAUUAAUUUUUUAAACUAUCUUAUUUCUUAAAAUUGCUUGUCCAGUAUGAUUGAUGCUUCACUGAAGUUGGUUAAGCAUGCAGUUAAAUUUUCAACUUAAAAAUAAAAAUCUUUCUCCUUGAACAUUUCUAGGGAAACGUUUUAACUGUUAUGUUUGAUUUUGUGCUCCCAAGGCAGCAGCAAAAUAAAAUAAAACUGAAUCACA